AUGUUCUUGGUUGUUGUUACUCUGCAACUCAUAGCUGUGGGCCACGGAGCAUCCGUUGAGGUGGAGAAGGCCUUCCAGGAGUUCAUGAGGACUUACGAUAAGAGAUACGACACGGAUGAGCAGUAUCAAGUAGCCAAGGAUGCUUUCGAGAACACUAUGAGAGAGAUUGAAACUCUGCGAGCCAACAUCGUUAUGGAGAGUCGUUUCAAGAUCGAACUCUCACAGCCUAGAGUCGUACCUUUCUCCGUUCAACAGUUGGUUGACUGCAGUACAACAUACGGCAAUCGGGGCUGCGAUGGAGGGCGAGCUCAAGAGGCGUUUGCGUACUCGAAGGCGGAGGGCAUUGUGAAGGAGUCCAGCUACCCGUAUAUGUUCGAGGGAGGCCCAUGCAAAGAGAGUGUCAUUAAGAACCCCCAAGAUCAAUGCAUUAGACCAGGCGACAUAGUGCAUCUUGUCUCCAAACCGAAGGCGAAUGAGGAGGCGAUGGUAGAGGCCGUGGCGAGGGGGCCUGUGCCCUGUAGCUUCGAUUCGAAGCUAAUUGCCCUCGGGACCUUCCAUUGGAAGGCUUCCAAGCUGCGCACCCAAACCUUACCAUUGAUGGCCGCCAAGUAA